GCAGCUGAGCAGCUCGGAAAGAGGGAUUUCUGGAUAUAGUUGAUAUUCUUCCAGCUUCUGCACAGUUAUUCUUUACUUCUAGGAAAAGGUCCUGCUCAGUCUGAGCUCCUCGCCAUCACUCUUGAUGCCGACAGCCCUGGUGGAUGUGCUUGGUGAAUCUGGAACUAGUCCUGUUGUUUGAUGGUGAACAUAUACAUUAUGCUUCAGAGCCUGCAAAGCGAGCUGAACUCCUUCCUCUGGACUAUAAAGAGAGACCCCCCAUCUUACUUUUUUGGCACCAUCCAUGUUCCCUAUACCCGGGUCUGGGAUUUCAUCCCCGAGAACUCCAAGAAAGCCUUCCAGCAGAGCCACAUUGUGUACUUCGAGCUGGACCUCACCGACCCCUACACCAUUUCUGCCCUCACCAGCUGCCAGCUCUUACCACAGGGGGAGAAUCUCCAGGAUGUGCUGCCCAGGGACAUCUACCGCCGGCUCAAGCGCCACCUGGAAUAUGUCAAACUCAUGAUGCCGUCCUGGAUGACUCCAGACCAACGGGGCAAAGGGCUGUACGCGGACUACCUCUUCAAUGCCAUAGCUGGGAACUGGGAACGGAAGAGGCCUGUGUGGGUGAUGCUGAUGGUGAACUCUCUGACUGAAGUGGACAUUAAGUCACGUGGUGUGCCUGUCCUGGAUCUUUAUCUGGCUCAGGAGGCAGAGCGUCUGAGGAAGCAGACUGGUGCUGUGGAGAAAGUGGAGGAGCAGUGCCACCCACUGAAUGGACUGAACUUCUCCCAGGUGAUCUUUGCUUUGAAUCAGACUCUCUUGCAGCAGGAGAGCCUUCGAGCAGGCAGUCUCCAGAUCCCCUAUACGACAGAGGACCUUAUCAAGCAUUACAACUGUGGGGACCUCAACUCCAUCAUCUUCAGCCAUGACACUUCUCAAGUCCCCAAUUUCAUUAACGCCACGCUGCCUCCUCAUGAGCGCAUUACUGCCCAAGAGAUAGAUGAUUACUUCCGCCAGGAGCUCAUCUACAAGCGGAAUGAGCGGAUGGGGAAGAGGGUGAAGGACCUGCUGGAGGAGUACCCUGACAAAAGUUUCUUCUUUGCUUUUGGAGCCGGUCAUUUCAUGGGCAACAACACAGUGAUUGAUGUUUUGAGGAGAGAAGGGUAUGAGGUAGAACACACUGCUGCUGGACAACCCAUCAACAAUGGGAAAAACCCAAAAACAUUGUCCACCUCCUCUUCAUUGUCGCCAGCGUACACCUCAUAUGUGAUUUCACAGGAGCUCCCGCCACAUCUGCACCCCCAGAAGGAAGAAGAGGAGAUUCUGCCUCACCUGCUGCUGCCUGAGAGCAUUGACCUGCUGGAGAAAGGAGACAGGAAAUACAAGAAGAAGAAGAAGAAGCAACAGAAGAAGCAGCAUCUCCGCCAGUUUAAUGACCUCUGGGUCCGCAUUGAGGAAAGUACCACCGACCCACCUCCACGGAUUCGCAUCAUUAAUGGGUAUAUUACAGUGGAACCCCAGCCACGAGGACACGGGCGAUCCAGCCACAUCCAAGCAGAUGCCAGCAGAGCUCAUGUGCCUUUCCAGUCUCUGUACCUCUUUUUAUUGACUUUGGCUUUGCAUAUGCUACCUGCGCUACAGUGAGACUUGGCAUAAAACCACAGGGGCCUUGUCUAAAGCACAAAUUUUGGGGGAAAUAUAGAAGAAAAGACUCUCCAAGUGUGACACUUGUUCUGUGGAAUGUUCUUGAACCUCCUUCUUUUCCUGAAUCUGGACCAUUAACAUGAUUAACUUGUUUGACAUGCCCAAUACAGGAGAAGAUACUUUUAAUGAGAGCCAUUAUUUAUCCUUCUCUUGCAGAAGAAUUAUUUCAUGUUAUCCCAUAAUGCUUUUGGGAGAUGUAUAAUGUUGCUGUA